GCCUGAAAAACUUCUGUAUUAGGGAACAGAGGACAAUCCAGGUCCCGCAUGGAUCAAUGGUCAAAGAGAAAGAAGUCAAUAGACAUCCCAUCCUGGUGAUGCCCGUCGGAGCAGCCUCCAGGUUUAAAGAAGAGCAACUAGAAGACGUCCAAACACCUGCAUCUCAUAAGGAGAAGAAAAGUCCACCUGGAUCUUGUUUCUGGACUGAGAUGGAUGGAGAGGCCACAGUGAAGCCCGGAGAACAAAAGGAAGUGGUGAGGAGAGGAACAGAAGUGGACUACUCCAGGCUCAUUGCUGGCACUUUACCACAAUCUCACGUUGCCAACAGGAGGGCAGGAUGGAAAAUGCCCCUCUUCCUCAUACUAUGCCUGCUACAAGGUUCUUCUUUCGCCCUUCCACAAAAAAGACCCCAUCCGAGAUGGCUGUGGGAGGGCUCUCUCCCCUCCAGGACCCAUCUCCGGGCCAUGGGAACACUCACGUCUUCCUCGCCCCUUUGCUGGCGGGAGGAGAGCUCCUUUGCAGCUCCAAAUGCAUUGAAGGGCUCAAGGCUGGUGUCAGGGGAGCCUGGAGGAGCUGUCACCAUCCAGUGCCAUUAUGCCCCCUCAUCUGUCAACAGGCACCAGAGGAAGUACUGGUGCCGUCUGGGGCCCCCAAGAUGGAUCUGCCAGACCAUUGUGUCCACCAACCACUACACUCACCAUCGCUAUCGUGACCGUGUGGCCCUCACAGACUUUCCACAAAGAGGCUUGUUUGUGGUGAGGCUGUCCCAACUGUCCCCAGAUGACAUCGGAUGCUACCUCUGCGGCAUUGGAAGUGAAAACAACAUGCUGUUCUUAAGCAUGAAUCUGACCAUCUCUGCAGGUCCCUCCAGCACCCUCCCCACAGCCACUCCAGCUGCUGGGGAGCUCACCAUGAGAUCCUAUGGAACAGCGUCUCCAGUGGCCAACAGAUGGACCCCAGGAACCACCCAGACCUUAGGACAGGGGACAGCAUGGGACACAGUUGCUUCAACUCCAGGAACCAGCAUGACUACAGCUUCAGCUGAGGGAAGAGAAACCCCGGGAGCAACCAGGCUAGCAACUCCAGGGACAGGCAGCUGGGCAGAGGGUUCUGUCAAAGCACCAGCUCCCAUUCCAGAGAGUCCAGCUUCAAAAGCACCAGCUCCCAUUCCAGAGAGUCCAGCUUCAAAAAGCAGAAGCAUGUCCAAUACAACAGAAGGUGUUUGGGAGGGCACCAGAAGCUUGGUGACAAACAGGGCUAAAGCCAGCAAGGACAGGAGGGAAAUAACAACUACCAAGGCUGAUAGGCCAAGGGAGGACACAGAGGGGGUCCGGAUAGCUCUUGAUGCAGCCAAAAAGGUCCUAGGAACCAUUAGGCCACCAGCUCUGGUCUCAGAAACUUUGGCCUGGGAAAUCUUCCCACAAGCAACGCCGGUUUCUAAGCAACAAUCUCUGAGCUCCAUUGGAGAAACAACUCCAGCUGCAGGCAUGUGGACCUUGGGAACUCCUGCUGCAGAUGUGUGGAUCUUGGGAACUCCAACUGCAGAUGUGUGGACCAGCAUGGAGGCAGCAUCUGGGGAAGGAAGCUCUGCAGGGGACCUAGAUGCUGCCACUGGAGACAGAGGUCCCCAAGUAACACUGAGCCAGGCCCCAGCAGUAGGACCCUGGAGACCCCCUGGCAAGGAGUCCUCCGUGAAGAGUACUUUUCCAGAAGAUGAAAGCAGCUCUCGGACCCUGGCUCCUGUCUCUACCAUGCUGGCCCUGUUUAUGCUUAUGGCUCUGGUUCUAUUGCAAAGGAAGCUCCGGAGAAGGAGGACCUCUCAGGAGGCAGAAAGGGUCACCCUAAUUCAGAUGACACAUUUUCUGGAAGUGAACCCCCAACCAGACCAGCUGCCCCAUGUGGAAAGAAAGAUGCUCCAGGAUGACUCUCUUCCGGCUGGGGCCAGCCUGACUGCCCCAGAGAGAAAUCCAGGACCCUGAGGGACAGAAAGAUGAACUGCUCAGUUACCAUGGGAGAAGGACCAAGGUCAAAGGCCUUCAGGACCCCAGCCUCUUUCCAUCAUCCUUCCUCCACCUGUGGGAAGAGAAGCUGAUGCAGCCGGUGCUCCAGAACUCUUCUAUCUUGCCUUGGGGCUACUCAACAUGGAAGAAAGGCUGGCUGUCCUUGGGCCCAAGAAAGUCAAGUAUUAUCCACGUCCAAAGGUGACAAGAUGACUCAAAGCAGACUUCAAGAACGGUGUACGAAACACUGGAAGAGGUCACCUAGGAAAAGCAUGAAAUUUCCAUUCCUGAAUGUUUGAAAAUAGAAGAGGCUUCCAAUCAGUGCGGAAAGUGACAAAUCCUCUAUCAUCACUCCCAGCCCUUGCUGGGGGCCCCUUUUCUGACUACUGUUAGCAUUCAGCCUCCCACUCACAUUUAAUUAUAUUUAAGUGUACCAGCCUUGCCUUCUCAAGUAGAUUCUAAGCUCCUUUAGGGCAGUAAUUGCAUUUUAUCUGUUCAUGAUGUCCCCCAGAGAACUUCCAACUCAGUAGGACCCCAAUAAAUACCUAUGGCUGAU